AUGUCCAAUUUGCCGUCAGAAUCAGACCCAUCAAAACCUCGAAAUUCCCCAGCACAGUCCAAAAAUCCUGAUCAAUUUAGUGCACCUUCCCGCCCAGGAAACCAGCACCCAAACCAAGCCGGUCAAAAUAUUUCGCCAGCCCCAGUACCAAGCCAUUCCCAAAGCAUGGCCGAUAUGAUCCAAAUAACAAUAGCAAGUGUCCGAGAGUUAGGCUUUCAGAGAUACCGCACAAAUCAUAGCGAAAAGAAAUUUAGCAUUAUGUUCGCAAUAACAAACCAAGGUCAAAGCACUGGUGAAAGAUGACGCACUUUCCCCCUUGUAAUUGAAAUUUCUGAAAAAAUUUUUUGUGUGAGAGUUAUUUUUACAAUAAAUAACGAAAGCUUCAGGUUCACAGAUGAAAAUUUGAUGGUAUAUGCAUUGGAAUUUAUUACAAUAUCAAAUUAUGGAAUGCAGAUUGGCUGCUUUAAUAUAAGUCAGGAAAAAAAGUACUUACUCGAAAGGUUAGUGAGAAAAGAAAUUUACUAAAAUUGAUAUUAAAAAAUAUAUAAAAAAUUAUUUUUCGAAUCUUAAAAGUCCAAAUUUAUAAAUAUUUGAAGUAGGAGGUGUUUAUUAAUUUAUAAAAUUUAUGCUUUAAAACACAAGCAGUCUAUUUUAAUAGAAUUAGAUGAUAGUCGUCGUUAAUUAUUUUUUAAUCAAUUACUUGAAAAAUUUAUAUUAAAAAAAAUUUUUUCUUCGUUAAUGGGCUAAUUUUUUAGACAAUAGUUUUAAUGGUUUAGCUCGCUAAUAAAGGUGGGAAUUAGUCUUUGAAAGCAAAGCCUAUUACUACUCUUUGGAGCCUCAGUGCUUAGGAAAUCUGGUAAAAGAGCAUUUAAUGAAAUCAAUUGCUUCAUAUAAAACUUACGCUUUUGGACUGGUGUCAAUAAUUGACUGCUAUCAAAAAGGGGUACCAGUGGAGCCCAGACAGUUCGUAAUACAAAGCGAACGAAGAGGCAAGAUACCUAACGCCAACCCUGCCCAAGAAAGAGAACAAAAGCGUGAAAACGAUAAAGACUCUAAACGAGAAGAAGGCUCAGACUCAGAAUCUGACUCAUCUGGACAAGCUGAAGAUAACAGCAGUGUGAUUUCUUCAGACUCAAGCUCGAGCAGACGAGACAAUGACACCCUUGAAAAAGAAAGAGAACUAUUAGAAUUCAUAAGAACCAACGAAAUCCUAAGAAACAGCUUUGACUUCCAAAACUUGAGCAGGAAUGAAAAAGGAUAUGUUUAUGAAGGCUACCAAUCUUCAACUCUUAGAAAGUUUUUAGAAAUCGCAGAGUUUGAUAGAGGGCUUCUGGAUAAAAUCAAGUAUACAUUAAAAGAAAUGUAUGAGCAGAACUUGGAAUUUAUCAGUUUUCCUAGUAACUACAUUUCAGUUCAGGAAAUCGAGCCUGGGAAGAUAAAAUUCCAGUUUAUCCCGAAAGAUAUAUCUAAAAUAGCUAAUAAGCGAACAGAAAACUCUCCAAGUGUGAAGGAGUAUGAUAUUAAGAUGUCAAAAGAGCUAAAUUCGCUGCUCUGUCAAGUGAUUUCAGACAGAUGCCAUGUGAAAUACCAAAUAAAUACCCAGGACAUGAUCCCUCCCCAAAAUUUCAAAAAUAAAGAACUGCUGGCAGAUGAAAAUAUCAUUGGCCAUGGGGGCUUUGGAGACGUCUAUAAAAAUGAAUUGCAUGGACAAGAAGUCGCUAUAAAAUUCCCAAGAGAAGUAAAAGAAUCAGAAUCCAAAGCAAAGCGAAGAAUUGCGAAAGAGCUCCAAAUGAUGAAAUGCCUUCCACAUGAAAAUAUUGUAAAAGUAUUCGGUGUCGUUGAGUAUGAUAAAAAAUUAGGCCUAGUCCUUGAAUACUGUAAAAAUGGUGGUCUUAACACUUAUGUUAAAAAGAGCCCUACAAUAAGUAUGAAAGAGCGCAUUGAAAUGCUAUUUGGAGCAAGCUUAGGCUUGGAGUUCAUGCAUUCUAAGCAGAUUUGCCACUUCGAUAUCAAACCUCAUAAUAUGUUUCUGAACGAAGAAAACGUAGUAAAACUUGCUGAUUUUGGGAUGAGUGAGCAUCUUGAAGAAGGAAAAUCAUUUAAACCUGGAUUCACGCUACUUUACUGCUCUCCUGAACAAAUUAAAGGGGAAAAUCCAGGUAUGAAAGCUGAUGUUUGGUCGUUUGGCAUGAGCAUGUAUUUUGUUAGUCAUGGAAAAGCACCAUUUGAUUAUUUAGAAAAAAUGAAAGGACACAAGCUUGAGAAAAAAGAAUUUUAUCAAGAAUUAAAAAAAAAAUUAAGAAAACCAAGGGUGUUAGAAGAAGUUGAAAGAAACUUUCCAAGAUUCGUGUCUCUUAUGAGAGAAACAUGGAGUGAAGCACCUGAUAGAAGACCAACAAUGAGAGAUGUUAAAAUAGGCUUGAAAAAUGCCUUAGCAACAAUCCUUAAUAGAAUUGGCGAUAAAGAAGAGGAUCUUUUGAGAUAA